AUGGAAGGCAAACCUAGUUCAUCAAAGGUGGUAGAGCAAGAUGGAGAUUAUGAAAGUGAAGAGCUUGGCAGUUCUGAUCCAGAUGUUAGUGGCAAUGAAAAGAUGCCUAAGUAUGAGAAGUUUAUAGGAGAUUUACUCAACAAAGACUAUGAGUUCAAGCUAGGUAUGGAGUUUAACUCUCUUGUUGAAUUUAAGGAUGCCAUAAGAGAAUGGUCUAUUUUAAAUGGUAGAGAGAUUACGUUUGUGAAAAAUGAAAGUAAUAGGGUAAGGGUUGCAUGUAGGGGUAAAUGUGUUUUUUUAGCCCUUUGUAGUACAGUUUGUGACAAACACACUUUCCAAUUAAAGACUUGGGUGGGGACCCAUACAUGUGCUAGGGUUUUGAAUAACAAGUCAGCAAAUUCUAAGUGGGUGUCUAAGGUUGUUGUAGAAAAGAGGCAGCAUAAUGGCAAGGUCAAAGUUUCAAAUCUAAUGGCAGAACUUAGGAGCAAAUACUCAGUUGGGAUUUCUAAGGAAAGGGCAUGGAGAGCCAAACACAUAGCUGGAGAAAUUAUUGAAGAGCUUAAGAAACAAAAUGAUGGCAACACUGCAAAGAUCAAUGUGGAGAGGCCAAUUCCAACACUUCCACCAAGGUUUGGUAGUUUCUACUUUUGUUUUGAUGGCUGUAAGAAGGGGUUCCUUCAUGGUUGCAGACCAUUUAUUGGUGUAGAUGGCUGUCAUUUGAAGACAAAGUAUGGUGGCCAACUACUUAUUGUUAUGGCUAGAGAUCCAAAUGAUCAGUACUUUUCUCUAGCAUUUGGUGUUGUGGAGACAUAG